AUGCAACAGGAACCAGACCUGGAGGCCAUCGCACAGAAGGCAGAGGAACAGCAUGAGAGGGCAGCUGAGCGACACCGGGAGGCUCUGAGGGUGUUGAAGACCCAGAAGCUGAGACAGCAGGAGGUGCAGACCCGACACAUCCAAGCCAGGAAAAAAGCAAUACUGGUGGAGAAGGAGAGGGCUGCAAAAGUGGCCAGUCUCCCACCCCCUUCUCCGGAACCUUUUGAGAAAAUUGAGGCGAAGAAGCCACCCCCAGUCAAAAUAUCUGAUGUAGAUAAUUUCACCGUCACACAUUUCCAUAUGCCCGAGACGGCUGUGGACCGUGAAGAGGACACUGAGCAGCCAGACGCCCGGCGCGUGGCGGAGGAGGAGGGCGAUCGUCUGGAGGAGCUGGCGAAGGAGGGUGAGCGUGAGAGGAGGGAGCAGCUGGCCAAGGCCCGGCUGAGGGGGAGCCACGCCCUGAGGAAGGAGCAUCUCACCCAGGACAGAGAGCGCCUCCUACAGGAGCUUGCGCACAUGCAGCAUGCGGACCUGCUGAGGCGCCGCCGGGCCGUGGCCCAGAUGCCCCAGCACGCCCUCCAGCCCCUCUACAGCCGGCAGGAAGUGAGGGAGGACCGGCAGCGGGACCUGGAGUUUGCCUUCGAGGACAUGUACACGGGAGAGAGACGAAUAAAGGGAGAUCUGGUCCUGCAGUUGGUUCCGGAGCCACUUGCCUUGUCCUCCGACGCCCAUGACGAGGACCUGGACGUGACCCUGGAACCUGACGUGCUGCCUGGAGCAGAGCCUGACGCCCUGGACCCCCGGCCCCCAUCGCCCCCCGCGGAAGCACAAGCGGCGGCACCAGAGGGCGCCCCUCCACACGCACUGAAGAAGCUGCUGGAGCGGAUCCGGAGCCAGAGGAGCCAGUGGAGCGGCCGCAGUGCGGACCUGACCAUCGAGAGCGGCUCUUUAGCCAGCGGGGACCGGACGGGACGCCUGCCCCCCGGCCCCCCGCCUCCGGACCAGCGCCUGCCUUCCCCAGGUCAAGAGACCACCGGGGAGUCCGUCGUUGCUGGAACUUUGCCGCCUGACCAAUCGCGAGCGGUUGGAGUCCGCCUGGCUGCGGAGGAGAGGAGUAAGCGGGUGCGCAUGUCACUUCCUGUCUGUUUGAGAAUCUGUGAAACUUUACUGCCAAGUCUCUUAUUUUACAUUGAUAGGGGCCUGUAG